UUAUGGAAACACAUAUGUAUUAAAGGACCUUCAACAUUCAUUUCAUGACAGUACUGCAGGCUAGCAUUGCUUUCUUUCUCUAUCAUCUGUGCAAAUUGGGUUAGCUAGCGAGGUGGUAGGAGCUUCUUGAUCUGUGUUGGAUAAGCAAGCAUGAACGCCGAAGAGGGCAAGCUGGUGGUCCGGGGGCGUGCCGAGAUUGACACCAGGGCGCCUUUCAGGUCUGUCAAGGAAGCAGUGAUGUUGUUUGGUGAAAGAGUUUUAGUUGGGGAAAUCUAUGGCAACAAGCUCAAAGAGAUUGGAGCUGCAGGAGCAAAUGAGAAUGGACGUGCUCAAUCCCGAGUUGAAGUCCUAACAGCUGAGCUUGAAGAAACACAGCAACAUCUGGAGAAAGCGAGAGAAGAAAACAAGUUAAUGGCAUACUCCAUAAAGUCUCUCAGAGAUGAUCUCGACCAUGCAAGGAGAGAGCUGUACAACUACGUGAAGGCAAGAGAACAGUUUCAAAAGCACCCAGUUGAUCAUCAGGAUCCUGAGAUUGAAGACUUUAAGUUCAUUGAAAACGCAACGGAGUUUGAAACUAAGAGGGCAUUUAACCAAAACGAAGACGAGUCACAAAAGAAAAGAUAUGUGAAAUUUGCUAGUCCUCCUUCACUUGCCCAAGUCAUUGUUAACAAAGAGGAAAUGCAAGCAGAGGGGAUGAGAAGUCCAUCUUCUGUUAAGAAGAUGAACAAGAAGAAGCCUCUAAUAGGGUGGCUUUUCAACAAAAACAAAACCCUUCAAGUAGGGACUCCAAGAUCAGGCUGAUACCCAUGAUCGUCGGAUUAUGCAAAAUA